AUGGAAUUUUCAACUAAAGGAUUUAGAAAUUGGAAAAAAAUUUUUGGCUCUAGAGGAAAAGGAUCGAAAUACACUAAAUCAAAGUUGGAGUUGCAUUCUAUUUGUCAGUACCAUUUGACUUGUAUGACAAAGUGGCAUGCACAUAUCCAAUCUAAAACUACUGGUUCUGUUCAUACAUUAGUUACAAAUGCGCACCGUGAUAAAAUAUUAGAAAAUAGAGAUUACAUGCUAACAUUAAUUGAUAUCAUAUUAUUUUUGGCAAAUCAAGGAGUAGCAUUUAGAGGUCAUAUUGAAAAUGAAACAUCUUUGAAUCAAGGUAACUUAAAAGAAGCAUGCAAACUAAUGGCAAAGUAUAAUCCAACUUUUGCUUUAAAUUAUGCUAAACCAACAAGCUGGUUAAUACAAAAUGAAAUCAUUGAAAUAUGCGCUAAAUAUGUAAGGAAUACUAUUGUUGAAGAUAUAACAAGUGCUGGAAUGUAUAGCCUUUCGUGUGAUGAAUCUCGAUGCCACAAGGAAGAACAGUUAGCUGUGUGUGUUCGUUACCCAAAAAACCUAAAAGUAGAGGAAAGAUUUGUUGGAUUUUUAGAUGUAUCUCAAAGUCAAAAUGCUGACAGUUUAAUUGGUGCUCUAUUACAGUUUUUAAAUUAUUUGAACUUGGACAAAAUUAAUAUAAUGGUCAUUCAUAUGACGGUGCUAGCGUGAUGUCAGGUCAUACUGGUGGAGUUCAGGCAAAGCUUAAAGAAAUACAUCCUAAAGCUAUUUAUGUACACUGUAUGGCACACAAAUUAAAUCUUGUGGUCAUUGAUAUGUGUAAACAUUUAAAGGUGAGAUCAAAUAUAUUUAUAAAUGUAACAAAUGUAUACAUAUUUAUUUCAGUUGUGGAGUAUUAAAUUCUGACAUUCUGUGCUUUAAUAAAAAUGAUAUGACAUCAAGUAUUUUAAAAUUUAAUUUGAGGACGCGCGGAAUUUAUUUAAUGGCCUGGAAGCGUUGUAUGUUCAUUUUAAUCAACCUACGAAAAAUAAAAAAAUGACUGACAUUCAAGAAAAACUAGGAGUUAAAAAAACAAAAAUCCCACAGUUAUCAGAUAUUCCAUGGGUCUGCCGUUAUAAGAGUUGUAACUCAGUCAUCGCAAAUUUUAAACCUAUUCUAUAUAUUCUUGAUGAAGAAAUAGAAUUACAAAAAGAUAAAGAUGUUGCCUAAGCAAUAGGUCUACUGUCUACAAUAAAGAAUGGGAAAUUUGUGGUACAUUUGUUUGUUCUUAAUGAUAUUUUAAAAAUUAUUAACAUUCUAAGUACUCAAUUGCAAUCAAAGUCUACAACUCUUGGAAAAUCUAGUUCAUUAGUAUGUGGUGUGAUUGAUACUCUGAAAAAUAACCGUUCAGAUGUAUAUUUUGAUAACCUGUGGAAUGAUAUUACUAUAUUUUGUGAAGAACAUGAUGUGUCACUGGAUAUUCCUUCACAAGGUGGCUCUAAACGUCUUAGAAGGGAACCUACAUAUUUACAACAGUAUGCUGUAAUGUCAACUACUUCGGCAGAAGAAGACCGUGUUAAUGAU